AGAGCAGCUGCGGAGUGAGCCCCUGCUACACCAGAGGGCUAUGGGGAAAGCAGUGACCAUUGCAUGAAAGCAGGACUGGAGAUAGUUGCUGGAGCUGGAAUUGGGAUCUUUGGACUGAAGGACUAAAGGCUGCUGGGAAGAGGGGACAUUAGGGCACCACAGUGCCCACAGCAUAGCAGCGCUCUUGGGAGAAAACCAGGAAAAUUAGUGCUUGGGCAAGGCUAUCCCUCAGGAAACAGGAGCCAAGCACUGGCUUUGGCAAGGGUGAGAGGGGAGGAGAAUUGAUUUUUUUCUUCGCCUCUGAAAACUGCCCUUUUUUCCCUUUUUCUUCUCAGACAGUGAGACCUUUGCUGUGGCACCUGACCCACAGUGAGAGGGCUUGUCCCCCCUCCUCAUGUGGUUAGUUUCUUUCCUGAUUAAAAGUGAUUAGGUAGCCCUAAAGCCUGUAGAAAUGUGACCGAGGGGAACGGAGACAAAGAGUCCCUUCAAGAUAUCUUAAAUCCCCAGGACAGUAUUUAGAGAGCCCUGAGGAGAGAACUGGAGCAGAAAGACCCUGCCAGGACCUCCCUUCUUCCUCCUGCUGCACCCUUCGUUGUCAGCAUCUCCUCCACCAUGUCAUUCUCUGAAGCAGAAGUGCAAAGUGCCCGAGGUGCCUGGGAGAAGAUGUAUGUGGAUGCUGAGGACAAUGGGACAACUGUGCUGGUCAGGAUGUUUACUGAGCACCCAGACACCAAGUCCUACUUCACACAUUUCAAAGGCAUGGACUCUGCUGAAGAGAUGAAACAGUCAGACCAAGUCAGGGGCCAUGGCAAGAAGGUUUUCACUGCCAUCAACGACAUGGUGCAACACCUGGACAAUUCCGAGGCUUUUCUUGGGAUAGUGAACCCACUUGGCAAGAAACAUGCCACUCAGCUGAAGAUUGACCCCAAAAACUUUAGGAUUAUCUGUGACAUUAUCUUACAACUGAUGGAGGAGAAAUUUGGUGGAGACUGCAAAGCUUCCUUUGAGAAGGUAACCAAUGAAAUCUGCACUCACCUGAAUAAUGUCUACAAAGAGGAGGGUUGGUGAGGAUGUGCACCCUCCAUGCUCUUCAAACAUCUUGAUAGCACUGAUUUGCUGCUUUUGGGCCCCCAGCCCCAGCUGGAAGAAUGAAAACGUAAAAAUAUAAAAAAAAAAGGCAAGAAAAAAGGCUUAUACAAUAUAGAUAUCAAUGUCAAUAAUUUCCUUAGCAAAACGAGUUUCUACAGCUAAACAAAACCCACAGAUACAUCAAAGUCAACCAACAAAUCCUGAUGUGCUUCACAGUUUCAAUGCUCCAGUGGGUUCCUCUGGCCACUGUCCUUUAAGAUGAUGACUUUAAGCUUGCUAUUCCUAAAGAAAGACUUGCUCCGUCCAGCAGCACCAGCAGCUCUUUAACUCAUCUACCACCUCUCCAUCCUCAUGAAUGACAAGGAGGCCAUUUUGAAGCAUCUCUAGGAACUUGGUAGAGGUCAUUGUUUAAGAGGCAUGAGUGUUGUUUUGUGUUUGACGUUAAACAAAGGGGAAGUGGUGUAUGGGAAGGACUAACAACUGGGAAAGACAUAGGGAAAGUCCCUUCUUGCAUGAGCCAGCAGAGUUUUCCAGUCUUGGUUUCUCAGGGCAGUUUUCAGCACAAGGAUUACAGCAAUGAAUGUGAUCACCACCGGGUCUCUCUGGGCAGACAUGAACAUCUCCAGGGUGUGGAUUUCAGAGUGUAACUCCCAGCAAAUUAUUCUGGCUGUGUUCCCUGGCGAGGGCAAUAGCACCGAGCUCACUGGCUCCUGUGCUACUCAAGAGUGCACCCAGCUGAGAGAAGCUGCUGCCUCGCUGAGUGGGUGGCAUGGUGGGCUCAGCCCAGCAUGGGACUCAUCCUGUCCAGUUGCACAGCCUCGGCCUCCCUUCAGUGGUAACUGAGUCCUGAACUAUUUAAUUGCUUUUCUUCGUAUUCCUUAGACGUGGUGAAACAAUCAGCUAAUAACUGCAAAUAACCACAUGCUGGUUUGCUUCAGUGUAACACAAUAAACACAGAGAAAGCA